AUGGAAGUUUACAGCCCCGAAAGAGACGAAAGAAAACAGCUCCACGAAGACUACACCAAAGAUUUCUCCGAGCUCCGACGAGUGUUCGGCAUUCGCCACCUCACCAGCAAAAAAGAAGACCGGCAAAAUAAUCCCGAAAUCGAACUCAACGAAGCCCAAUUUAGACAGGAAGCCGAGAUUGAGCAAGUGAAGGAAAUUCAAGCCCAAGAGCCCGACAAAGUUAGGGAACUAGAAGCCCACAAAAGGCUAUAUUACAGUUUCCGAGAUAAUCCUGAAAAAAAUAUCAGCACUUAUCACCGAAUGCAAGCAAAAGUAGUUGAAGUAAAAGACGAAAAGCAAAGAAAAGGCAUUAAUGCCGGAGAAACUUAUUAUGUUGUAAUUACCGACACAGGACAAAGUCCUUAUAAAUUUCCUAAAAAUGACGGCAGUGGAGAUUUUUUGCCUCUGGCAAGGAGGUUUCAAGAUAUAAUCACCGAAUUUAAGCAAUUUAUCGAAGAACAAAAAGCCGAAGAAACCCCCGAAGAGGAAAGGCAAGCAGCCCAGGAGAGAAUAGGAGAAAUUGUUAAAGACCUUAAAGAAAUAAUUCAGCAAGAAAUUACCAACGAAGAAGAAACACCAGCCAUAAUUGAAUUUGAACCAGGAACCGAGGAGGAAGAAAAUGAAACUGACCAAGAAUGA